GACUGUCUGCAUAAGCAAAACGGAAGGAACUGACAGAGCCAGAGUCGGGGGAGCUAUGGACCGGGAUCCUAUGUGCGGGGUGCCUACAACCAGAUGAGAAGGAAUGAAGAGGACGAUCGCAUGAACAAGUUGCUAGCAUUUGUCGAGAACGAGCAGCUGGAAGCAGCGGAGAAGAAGAAGGCCGGACAGGAGAAGAAGCGGCUGGAAGAAGAGAAGUUGAGGAUGGAAGAAGCGAAGCAGAGAGAGGAAGCAGAAAAACGACGGGCGCAGGCUAUUAUGGAAGCUACGGCAGUGCAAGCAUUCGCGGAGCAGAUGGUAGCCCUGGAGGAGAAAAUUAAGGACCAUGUGCAAUCCACACUCAUCGCGUCAGAAGAGAAGAACGCGAAGCUGCACGACAGCUUACGACGUUUCCUAGAACGCACAGAUGGGGAAGUGCCUGUCUGGGGGACGUACGGCUUGACGAAUUUCAGGAUUAGCAUUGAACAAGUACUCAUUACGUUGUUUCUCCUGCUAGUGACGGUCGGAGUGGCCCCGUGGGCCAGGAAAGUGCUCAUGGUGACCCCUGAACGUGAUGAUUUUUUCGACCUUAAGGGACCGGCGGUGUACUGCUUGAUAUCGUCGUGGUGCAAGAGGAUGUACAUUGGACAGACGGUGCGCGGGGAAGGAGAAAGGUGGUGGGAGCACAUCAGAUGUACGGAGUUGGGCAACAAUGGACAUGCCCCCAAGCUGUUCUCCUUUUUGAAGGUCUUCGACUGGCAGAAGUAUCUGGUCCUCCCAAUAGCAACGGGUACAGGAGAUGGAUUGCAGCCUUUGCAGGUGCUGGAGAAGACCAUUAUCCACAGGUUUUCCCCGGCGCUAAAUGUGGUCGGACGGGGUACAGGGACGAAACGGAGAGCUAGGCCCGGUAAGAAGGAGAGGCAGAAGGCGAGAGAGGUCGUGCCAAUGCACAGGAAAGGACUCUUGUCCUUCGCGCUGGCCGGGCCGGCAAGGCGGUAUUUUAGCCUGACGGAGUUGUUGGAGGACGCAAUUGCAGCGGGGGUGAAAGCGGUGAGGCUCACGUCUUCCGGCGGUGAGGUAUGGGGUGAGAAAUGGUCCGUUGUCCGAAGGAAGUUCGGGACGUCGACUGUCAAUGACGGAGAGGCGAAGUUUCCUUUAGGGAGGUCCAAGAGGCGCCUAGAAGAGGGAGGUACCUUCAAGGUGGGGCCGAUUGUGAAAACCGAGAGUGCAAGGAGCAGAGGGAAGGGCUAUCUCAGGUUGUUGCUGGAAAUGCCAGGGAAGCAAGCUGAGUUGAAACGCUUUGAUGUCACGAAAUUCGUGUUCUUGUACCGCCGUGCUAGAAAGUUCAAAACCAAGACUACAAGAAGGACGCUGAAAGAGAAGAUAAUUGCAGUGAUUAGAAAGAAGACGGGCGUGAAUAUCAGGCUGAAGGUCAAUGUGGGAGUGAAGUACAGUCACCAGUUGAGGAAGAGGAAGAUCCAUGACACAGUGGUGAUGUGUGUGGAGAAGAGCAGAAUCCACCCUGUGUUGAAGGCGGUGCUCCGACGCCGAGUAAGGGUGGUGUGGAAGAAGAAGAGGACGGUGGAGGAAGUCCUGGCCAACCAUCGGAAAGCAGCAAGGGAAGCUACAGCGCAGUGUACGUGCAACCAGGACCAGAUGCCAAGGGUAGAUGGACAUAUGUUGGCACGUAUUGCGCAGUGCUCAGUGGCUCCCGUGUUCAUGCACAAGGGGAAGAACAUCCUGCAGGGUGAUAUAGGCACUAAGACGAUGAAAGUGCAGCGAUCGGUAGGACGGUCUUUAGAAACAAUUAUGCGGAGAGAUCUGUACCAGGUAGCGGAUCCAAGCAUGUUCCAGGAGGCUGUUUCGGACCGGUCAGUGGCCAGACCGGCUUGUUCGGAGAAGCAGGCGAGGGAGGUAGCGGAAAAGUUGAGCCACUUGGUGGUGGUCCCGGUGGACAGAAAUCCAGGAGACCUGGUUGUCAUGUGCCCUUCAACAUACCAACAUAGCCUCCAGAUGAUGUUCAACCUCAACCUCGCUUACCAGCAGGUUACGGAAAAAAACGAUAAGGAAGUGCUGGCACAUGUGAGGACGGAGUUUGGAAGGCUUGGCCUCGACAAGAUAGGAGCCUGGAACCCAGCGGCCAAGCUUGGGCAAGCCUAUGUCUUGCCGAAACAUAAGGACCUCACGAGGUGGAGGCCUAUUGCCCCAGCAAACGCGGAGGGAACUAAGACCGCGGGGAGGAGGUUAGCGCGGGCGCUGAACUACCUACUUGAGAGGGUCCCCAAAGCCAGGCACUUCAACCUUAAGGUCAUGGCGAUGCUGAAGAAGAACUUGGAGAAAGCGGGAAGAAGGCUUAACUUGCUGGGAGCAAACCAGAAGCUGGUACACGGGGUCAGGUUGGUAGACGAUGUCACCUUAGCAGUUGCUUGCAACAUGGGUGACUAUUGGAGUGUGACGUUAGCGAGGGAAAUUUCUCUGAGUUUCGAAAAAACGUACGGAAAACAGCUGGUGCUGGUGAGGACGGAUGAUGGUUCCAAUUCCUGGGACUUUCUGGGGACUAGGGCUGCAGCGUUACCAGGUCUGAUUACGUUUAUCAUCCGUCCUAGACAUAAGAAUGAAGAGGCCUCGGUAGAAGGCACGCUGGCCUUCAGUUGCUUCCAAGACUAUGCAUCAUAUUCGGAUAAGCGGGUGAAGGCUGGCACGGUGAUUGCAGCGCUUCACAGAAUCAGGCAUCUUGCAACAGACCCAGCCGCAGGAGUCCCAGCGGUGCUAUCCAUUGGUAUAGAGCCGGGGCGUCGGGGGUUUCCCCCGGCGCUCUUUUCCAAUGCUCUGGCGGUUUUUGCCAGAGCCACCGGCCCGUUCGGAGCAGCGCUGAAGACGCUGUUGGAGAUGCCGGUUAAGAUAGGGAGGGAAGUGGGAGGAGCACGAAAGGGGAUGGGAAAAGGAGCGAGGACACGUGAAGCGGAUAUGGGAAGCGGGCCCCGGUGCGCAGUACCGGGAUAUUGUGCGUCGGGGGAGGCCGGUACGUCGUCGGCAGCGGCAGACGGGACGGCGGGAGAAGGUAGUGCAGUGGGUUUCGAUUCAACAUCCGUUGCUGACAGGGGCGCUCGAGAUUUCAGGGGGCCCGACAUCCCGGAAGAGAUCGCUGAGCACCUGCGGGGUCCUGUUCUGGCUGCAGCCUGCCCACCACGACCUCCAUCGGGUGCACAACAGUCGUCCAUGAAGAAUUUCGUAGUGGAUGAGCUGCAGAGGGAGUUUGACCAGGCGGUUGCUUCCUUCUUCUUUGAGAAUGUCAUCACUUUCAACGUCGCGCGCUCAGACUCGUAUAAGAACUUGGAAAGGAUCAUGAACAUGGCGGCGAGAUCGAGGAAGAUGCUACGGAUGCCUGGAUACAAUUACCUAAGGACGAAGGCCCUGCCCGUGGAAUACAAAGAUGUGGACAUGGAUCUGGACAAGAUACGUGAGCCAUGGGAUGCCACGGGCCUCACCUUGAUGACGGACGACACAACAAUGACCAGCAACAUGCCCGUCGUUAACUUCAUUGCAGCCGGCGAUUCGGGGGCUGUCAUGGGCAGCAACGACAAGGGCGCGGACGUGCAAGGAGCUCAUAAGAGACCCGACUUGGUGGUCGACCGUCGACCGGGCAUGCACCGUGCUUGGGCCACUAUAUGCCCUUACGAAAAACAUGGACAGAGAUGGGAGGAUGGGUAUGCAGAUGUGGUCUUUGGGGAUCACGUUGGAGAAGACAAUGGUCGCGAUACCGAUGGACUGCGAGACAAGGGGCAUCGUGAUGACGAAGCUCAAAGAUCAUGUCCGAAUGAUGGCUCUGCCUGUGCAUGUGGCGGCGUGGAUGUUGCACCCGCUACAAAGAUCGCCUCGACUCUUCGACGACUUGGCGUCCGAAGAAAUUGCGAACACUCUGACUCACUUUGCUUCGAUUCAUGCGAAGACCUCGAAGGAGUACAACGAGUGCUGGAACUCCCUGAAGAGUUUUCAUCACAUGGAUCCAGAGUGGAUUGGCCCGAACUCCGAGGAGGCUUUGACGGGCGGUCACGUGUCCAUGGCGCAAUGGUGGUUGACGUACGGGAAAGACACCCAACCCUGACGAAGAUCGACGUCAAAGUGUUGAGCAUGUGGACCACUGCCUCUCCAUGUGAGAGGAAUUGGUCCACGUUUGAUCUCAUCCACACCAAGAGGAGGAAUUUCUUGAGCCUGGAGAACUUGCAGAUGCUCGUCUUCAUCCACUGGAACAAGAAGUUGUUGCGCAUGUCGAAGGCGAAGAUGGGAUUCGUGAACACCGAGCAGCUGGAGUGGGAGACACCCGAGGACGAGGCACCAUUCGAUGGCUUCAUGCGAGAAGGGGAGUAUGACCCCGCAGAGGUGCGUAGGAGGGCGGCCAACUGGUCGAAAUCUUGUGGGCGCAGAUCGAGAACCACGCGAUUCGACGCACAUGAUAUUCAGGAGGAGAGGGAGGACAACGGGGCAUGGCUACUUGAUGUUUCGUACCGCCCUCGCCGUCUCGCGAACGAUGAGCGUGGGAAGAUAGUCAUCGCUGAUUACGACGAGGAGGACGACGACUGCGACAGCGACGGUGAUGCGGAGUUGCUCGACGUGCAUCUAACGGACAAGAGGUUCACUCGGCGAUCGGGCGGUGGGUCAUGCUCUGCGACGGAUGUCGCUAUCACACCACAGACAGCCGCAUGCUGGGGGAUGACAGACGGGGGAUCGAGGGAUGCUCACGUUGAUAGUGCUGCGGCGAGGGUCAUUCGAGACUUUGGUGUGUAUGUGGACGCUCCCGUUCCUGGUCAUGCGGAACACGAGGACAGAUACAUCGAUUCGGGCAAGGAUGACGAGCUUCAUGAUGCAGCGGAGGACAACCAGUCUACCGACAGAAAUGCAUUCUCCACUUCGGACCCUGGGUUGCCGCUGGGGGAGACAUUCGCCUCCAUGUUGCACCACGUCGCACCAAUUGUUGCAAGAGGCUCGAUGAUGGACUUCGAGAAACAUUUGGCUGCUAUGUCCCCCAUGAGGAGUGAUUCCGGGGGGCAGACUCCUGAUUGGGCCAGAUUCACAAGACCGACUCCUCCCGCUUUGUUGUUGAGUGAGGACAUUUCCACAGAUGUCGAGGACGGGUCGCGGGGCAUGGUGGACAGGAGGAGGGCUGAAGUGGACGAGGAUGGAGGACUCGACCGCCCGCAUGCUGCAGCCACACAACGUGAGGCAGUGUCACCGCCCGAAAUUGACGCCUGCAAGGUGCGUCAAGUCCGGAGUUUGGCAGGCAGAAAGAAAGGAGGGAAGAACAAGCUGAAGGAGCCAGCUGGACCGGCCGGACGAGGGGGACGAGGCGGGGCACGCAAGACAGUCACACUGUCGGCGUCCUUGCAAGAAAAGUGUGCGGUUGUUCAGCAGGCGAAGAAGAGGAAGGCACAAAAAGUUUCAAAGAAAGUCGCUGCAGCCUCCCUGUCGCCGAGAAGAAAUCCGAAGAGGAGGAGGACGUGCGUCCAAGAGGACGACGACUCUGAAAGCAACAGCGCUUCGCCCUCGAGUGACGUGCCAUUGUCGAGUGACGCGCCAUCGUCGAGUGACGCGUCGUCAUCGUCUGAGACGUUGCCAUCAACUGCCACGAGCAACAACAACGAAUGUCAUACUCUAACCCAGUGUCCGACAUUAGAGAAAGAGUUUGAAGAAGGGAUUGUCAAGAAAAACGCCAAUGGGCACAUCUGUGAUGCCAAUUGGAACAAGGUAGACUUUCGAGUCAAAGGAGGGAUGCGAGCGGUAAUCCUAGAAAAGGCUAAGGCUAAUAAGGAUAAAAAGAAAAAGGUUAGGGUUAAUGUUGUCACCUUUGACGGUAUGCUACCUCCGGAGAUAGUGGCUCGAGAUGACAAUCCUGGAAGCCAAAACCUGAAUGUAUCCCAUAUCAGCCAAAAGGAGAUCGAAGAGAAAAAGCGGGAGAAGGCUCAAAGAGAGUUCGACCAACUGAUUGAUGGGACCAAGGACCUAGUGAAGGAAGGAAAAGAAAGGUGGUCUUGGGAUCUGAGGCCGGAAAAAGAGGAAGGUGGUCUUGGGAUCUGAGGCCGAGGAGGGUGUCUCGAUAGAUGAGGUAGUAAAGAAGUUACUUGAGG